AUGAUAUUAACCUUUCGGGCUUGUCGGGAGUUGAAAUUAUUACGUCAUCGCUCACAAAGUCCACCAGUUAAUAUAUCUGCCAGAUCACAAUUCCCGCAUGAAUCAGAAGAUUUUGAUACUCCUUAUGGAAGUGCUGCAAAACGUUAUCGUCCAUUUUAUGGAAGUGCGGGGCCGCCUAGUGGAGAUGGAUUUGUACAAAAAGAUGAAAACUUUGAUAAUUUUCCUCCAUACGAUGAAAAUGGUCCUUGGUCUUCUCGGUCACACAGAGGUGGUGAGGAAGGGGAUUUCCCUCACCAAUUUUAUUCUGGAGGAGAUAGAGGUGGAAGAGGAGGGCGAACACAAGGAUGGGGUUAUAGAGGUGGACGUCCCUUCUUUCCCCGUUUAAUUUGCAAAUUCUUCCGUGAGGGGUUUUGUCGUGAUGGUGAUCAAUGUACUUUUAGUCAUUUAACUGGUGAUUCUCAUCGUCGACCGGAAUUAUGUAGAUACUACCAACAAGGAUAUUGCAAAAAGGGACUUUUUUGUCAAUUAAUGCAUGGUGAAUGGCCUUGUAAAGCUUUUCAUAAAGGAGAAUGUUCUUUCUCUCAUGAACCUUUGGAUGAUGUUAGCAGACCAAUUAUGGACAAAAUACUCGAAGAAGAAAAACUUGGAUUAACACGUCCACCACAACAACAGCAUCCACGUUUUGAUGUUCCACAACAACAAACUCCACAUAUGGGUAGAGGUAUUCGUCCAUUUUUUCGUCCGCGCUUUCAAGGGCCUUAUCAUGAUCAAAUUGGUGGUCAGAAUUUCCCUCAAUCGCAAGCCCCACAGGCACCUCAGCGUCAAUUUCAUCGUAAUCCACAUCAACAAAUUGGGUUGGGUGCUCCACAGCCACCUCAACAACAGCCAUUUUUUAAAAAGCAACAACAUUCACUGAAUGAAAGUUCUAUUCCUGGACAUCCACUUUCACCUGAAAAUUUACAUCAAGGAUCUUCUGAAAUAAAUAUGCUCAAUGAGGAAACUGGAGGAAUAUGUGUACAGCAACAACAACCAUCAAUUCCUCCACCUGGACUUGUUAUGCCUCCGCCCCUAGUAUCAACACAAACAACACCUUCCAAUCAACCUCCCCAACAAUCACAACCUCCUCCAUCAUUUCAACAAUUACAACAACAAGUCCAUCAAGUUGCUGGUCCACAUUUUCCUCAUCAGCCUUCUUUGCUUGGUCCUUCGAGUGCUGCUGCACAGGCACAAGCAAUGCUUACAGCAAUUCUUCAGCAGUCACAACAGACUGGGCCUACGUCAGCAAAAGGAGGUUUUCGAGAUAAUUCAUUACAACGUUCUCCUCCUCCUCCACCUCCUCCAAAAAAGAAAGAAGUUUCUCAAUCAAAUAUUGAAGAUCAACAACAAUUAAUUACUAAAACAGAAAUAGAAGAAAUUGAAUUAAAACCAGCAACAAAUACUGGAGGAUUUAAUAUAAACCAAAUGCUUGAACAAAUAACUAAACAAAAUAGCCCUCCCCCUCCACAACCCCCUAUUGCCAUAACAAAUAUUAAACGAGAGGAAACAAAUACUUUGGAUUUACUUGCAAAUGUUGAACUUUCGGAUUCAACAACAAAUAUUAUUGAAGAGUCACCCGCCUCUCCUGUUUUUGCUCCUGAACAUCAACAAGAAAAUGAAGAUAAACCUGCAGCUUUAAUUCCAGUAGUUCGUGAAUGGAAAUUGCAUUUAGUUGAUUUGUCACCAUUAACUGAAUGUUCUGAUAUGCAUUUUGAUAUAAAAUUAGUUCAGCAAAUUUCUUCAUCUAAUUCUGAUCCACGUUUACGAAAAAUUGCAGAAAAACAAUUUGAUUUAGUUUCGAAAACAUUGGAACAACAACAAGCAAAUCAACAAAAAAAUAAUUUUAAUGAAGGAAUAUUUACUCCAACAGAACAAAUUAAAAAGGAGAUUGAAAAACGUGAAGCUAUCAGUGAUAUUAAUUAUGAAACUGGAUUGCAAGAUCCUCGUACAAAAGACCCUCGAAGAAAGCGGGAAAUAUCUGGAAUAUCUUCAACAUCUUCUUUAGAUGAGGCGGAAUUAGUUAAAAAGCAAAUGGCUGCAUUAGAGGCAGCUGCUAAACAACAGCAGAAUUGUGAACAAUCCUCUCAAUUGUUUUCAACACAAUUAGGUAUUCGUCAACAAUUGGGGUUACCUCCACCUACUAUAAACUUUCAAUUACCACCACCACCUGCUUUUCUACCGGGAAAUCCAAUGGGAAAUCAAUUUUUUACUGUUCCUCCUCCACCUCCUCCCUUUUCACUGCAACAACAACAACAACAAUUACCACAAAAUUUUUCUACACCUCCCCCAUCAACAUAUCAACAAAUCAAUCAGAUUGUAACAUCUUCCCAUCAAAACUUAGAAGCUCAAACAUUCAAUACUGAACAAUUACCUUGUUCUUCUUCAAUUGAUCCAUCUAAAUCUUCAAAUAGUUCUUUCGAAAAAAUACAUUCGGAAACUUCGUCUUUUCCAUCAUAUCAAUAUUCUAGAGGUUAUCGUGGAAGGCGUGGAAGAUAUUCUACUAAUUAUCACCACCACCACCACCAACAACAUUAUCGAGAACAUAAUCAACAGAAUAUUAGAAGGUCAGAAUCUCCCCCAAAACAACAACAACAAGAGGAAAAUGUUUCUACUUCUUCAACUAUUAGCCUUCGAGAAAAACGAAAAAAUAAUGAAUAUGAAUCGCCAUUAGCUAGAAUGGCUAAUAAUAGAUAUUGA